GAGCAAGGGGAAGAUGGCGGUGCCCAAGGCCGUGGUGGCGCUGAGGAACGUGAAGAGCGUCAUGGUCCGGUUCUGCCCUUUCCAGACCAACGUGGAAACCACGCGAAUAUUUCUUCAACAUGUUAACAGUAAAAAAGCUCGUGCCUCCAAUAUCAACUGUGUAGUGACAACAGAUGUAAGACAUGAUGGAUCUGAACCAGUUGUAGACAUCAUGUUUGCUGAUGGAGACAGAUUGAUAAUGAAAGGAGCCAACUUGACAGCAGCAGAAAUGUUAUCAGCUUUCAACUCCAGAUGCAUAGCAAAAGACCUUAAGGCAGAAGAGAAAACCAAGAAAAAGGGUGCUUGAAGAUCAAAGGAACAAUUAUGUUUAAAAUUGUUUAGGCAUGUGAAAAGCAGUGAGCAGUUUUUGUCAUCAUAACUACAUAGGAAACUUCACUAAUAACUGACAUGAAAUCUUAAAAAGAGACAUGGACAAAAUGCUGGCCAAUUCAACAUACAUAUAAAUAUCAAUUCAUAUAAAUAUAUAUUUUUCCUAAGGAAAGUAUAAUGGAGAAGCUAAAAUCGUUAACUCUGGCAGGGUCGGCAAGUCUAGUAUGCACAAAUAAAUUCCUCUAGCCAUCUACACAAAUCAUCAGUCUCUUGACUAUGCACACACUGGAUCAAUGCCAUGCCUAUUUGUAUAUUAAUAUGAAUAAUGAAGAUGAGCCUAAUAAAUUUGUUACAAAUGGAAAAAUUAAGUUUAGACAGUGUUUUCAGCAUACAUGCUAUGCACUGGUAUCCAAAACUUCAUUAGAUGGUUAAACAAUGUUAUUGCUUUUAAAGUUAGUCAGUAAAUAUAAAUGUGAUGAAUAAGUUUAAAAUAUUAUCUAGAUUUGCUGUCACUCAGCUACAGUAUUUUAGACAAAAUUCAGGACAGAUUCUAUAGUGUUCUACUUGUCUGUCACUAAGUAACUGAUUUUGAUUCAAGAAUCUCUGAAGAUUAAUAAGUGUUUAGUUAGCUCAGAAAUUAAAUCAAACCCACAAAAUAAAUAAGAAUGUGGAAGACCCAUCUUAUAAGGGACUAUCCACAGAGAAAAAGUGCAACUUGUUGUGAAUAAGGGUGACAGAAUAUAGCCCAAAGUGAAAGAUGAAUUGGUGUUUUCAGUAUUUUGGAGGGAGAGGUCAUUUGCUGUGGUCCAGUUUUGUUAGUUUUUUUAAGAACAGAGUAGGCCUGAUUCUGUGUGUUUUUUUCCCAUAUGCAUAAAAUCUGCAGAAGGAAGGACAGUUUUACCAGUACAGGUUUGUAGUUUGGGCCCAUAGAAAGGAGAAUGGUAAGGUCCAUUAGGCUCGCUCUUAUUUCAGAAAGAUGGCAAGAGAAGGUAGUGAAAGCCUUUUUUUUUGUUCUGUGUACAGUGUUUAGCCCACUGAGGUCCUGGUCUGCGGCUGGGGCUCCAGGCGCGACCACAAUGUGUGUCGUAGUAAUGGAUUUUUUAAAAUUUACAUUUACUAAAUCACCUAUCAAUCCUUUAGGCAUUGUACAGUUAUUAAAAACCAUGGCAAAAGGACAGAUAUCCUUAAUACGAUAAAAGGACUCGACUGCCCAAGUCAUUUUAAAACAUGGCCUUUAUACUGAUAAAAUAAACUCAGUACAUAACGUAGUAAUCCCAUAAUAGUCAGAACCUUUCCUCAUCCCACUUUGUGCAAACAAGCACAUUAAAAUAGAUGAACGUACCCGGAAGGUUAACAAAGCUCAGCUUUGUCAGGCUAAAGGGGAAAUGAGUUCCAGACGCACUGUUCUGUGGGGGGUGGGGGGGCACACGGGGUCUCAUCUCCCCCUCUCCUCCCCCCUGAUUUCUGCCAGGGUUCACACCAGAACGUGGCUAGCAGCAGCCUUUCAGAACUACGGGAGGGAAGGAAGAGAUGGGAGCUGCUUCCAGCCACAGGGAACGAGGAGAGGGGGAAGGGAUGACCUGGCCUGUGUCUUUGCAGAGUUCAUCUCUUCCUCCCCCUUACCCCCCAUGGCUGGAAGCAACUUGUCCCUUCCUGCCCACACAGUGUCAAAAGGCAACUAACAUCUCCAGGCUGCUGCUGGUCACCGACAUAACCCAGCCCCCUCCAGUCCCCAGGCUACAGAGCGGGCAGGAAAGGGUUAAGCCCUAAGGACACAUUGUGCACCAGGUCCCAGGGAACCUGACUGCGGGGGGCUUCAGCAAACCAGCCAGAGAGGUGGCUCAGCAGAGGAGGGUGCCUAGGGGACAGAACAGCCCCCACUCCCUGGGGGCAGGACUCAGAGUGGUGAGGAGUAGGGCGGGUGAAGAGGGUGCUAAGCCCCUGCCGAGGGGAGGCGGUUGCUGUGGAGCCAGCAGGAACAGUCUGGAAAUCACUUCCCUGCCCGCUCCAGAGCUUAGCUGAAGGACUAAGAAGCUUCCCUGUGCCAGCGCUGUGCAGGGCAUUGGCACAUGCAGGGCUCGGCUUCUCCUGGCUAGUACCCUGGACUGGAGGGUCUUGGGCUGUCCUGGGGUGCCAGCCCAGCCAGAGGCAGUGGAGGAAGGAAGGAGCCUCCUGGCCAGGCUGCUGGUGAGCUGAGCGCUCAGACCAGGGGCUGGUUCUCCGCACAGGGCUGGGAGCGGGACACGCCCCGCCAGGGGGGAUAUGGAGGAACAGUGGGGCAAAACAAGGAGAGUACAGCAAGAGGGGGAGCAUGUAAAGGGCUGAUGGGUGGGUAGCAGAGGCGACAUGUAACCGGACGCCACCUGGCGCCUGCCCGUACUUAUCAGCUGCCACAGUGUGCAGCCAGCGCUGGCCAGAAACAAGACAGGGGGCGGGGCCUUGCUGGCCAAGAGCCGGCAUGCAGCGGGGGCUGUGCUGAUGGACCAGAAGGGGGAGCGGCCAGCCCCGUGUGCUGCAGCUCCGCCCCACCACCAGCUUUGCACACCCACCCACAUUGUCAGCCACUGGACCUCCCCACUGAUGCUGGUGGGCAGGAGGCUGGCGAGCAGGGAGGCUGAUGGGGGGGAAGCAAAAAAUAUGGGUCAAUUUGCCCGUUUUUAAGAAAAAGUUGGGACACCUGUAGGAGGGCUUAAAUACGGGACUAUUCCUUUAAAAACGGGACAUCUGGUCACCCUACAUUUGAUAGACCUGUGCUCUGAUCCUUUAUUUAAAACCCUUCAUUUUAUACCCAAAUAAAUUAAUCCAUUAUUU